AUGCCAGUAUCCUCCCAGAAGAGAAAGCGCGAUGAGGAGAAAGAUUCGUCAGCUUCCAAGUCCAAGAAAAAGAAAAUGAUUUCUACUACCUCAAAGGAAACAAAGAAGGACACAAAGCUUUACUGCAUCUGUAAAACGCCUUAUGAUGAGUCUAAAUUUUACAUUGGCUGCGACCGAUGUCAGAACUGGUAUCACGGGCGUUGUGUUGGCAUUUUACAAAGUGAGGCAGAUCUCAUUGAUGAAUAUGUGUGUCCGCAAUGUCAGUCCACAGAAGAUGCCAUGACUGUACUCAGUCCACUCACUGAUAAAGAUUAUGAAGGUUUAAGAAGAGUACUACGUUCCUUACAGGCCCACAAGAUGGCAUGGCCAUUCCUAGAACCCGUAGAUCCCAAUGAUGCACCAGAUUAUUAUGGUGUUAUUAAAGAACCAAUGGACCUUGCCACCAUGGAAGAAAGAAUACUGAAACGUUACUACAAAAAGGUCACGGAGUUUGUGGCAGAUAUGACCAAAAUUUUUGAUAACUGUCGUUACUACAAUCCAAGUGACUCCCCUUUUUACCAAUGUGCAGAAGUUCUUGAAUCAUUCUUUGUACAGAAACUAAAAGGAUUUAAGGCAAGCAGAUUGUGAUAUCUUUAGUCUGAACUUUUUAACUGGAAUCAGAACUGGAUGUUGGGGUCACUUUCUUUUAUUGUACAAUUCGAUGACAUUAAACUGCCCUAAAAAUCCAGAUCAUUUGUCUAAAAAGUAAAUGUUGUUGGGUUUUUGGUUUUUGUUACCAGCAGUCAUGCUGGUAAACGUAAGUGUAUUAACAAAAAAAAUGGUCCCAUUCCUCAAAUACUGUAUUGAGAAAAAAAAGAAAUCAUCUUGGAAACCAUGUAUUUUAUUGUUUUAUUUUCAGUCACUAAUAAAACUGUGAAUGUC